AUGAACCUGCGCGAGAACGUCAAGUUCGUGAUGGACGGCCUAGAGGCUGCGACGCAGGCGGCGCGCAACCCCAGCGGGUCCAAUAUUCAGGUCGCCUACUCGCUCCCUCCCGAGGGGGGCAGCGGGUUCGGCGACCUGGUGUACGCCACGGUCCCUCUGGGCUCCGUGGCGACGAAGGUCGCCCGGGACUGGCUCGCAAACGAGCUCUACGAGCCGUCCCGGCGCGGCAAAAUUGAUGCGGCCUGCAGGGACCGAAAGGUCGCCGACCUGAUCACGGCUGCUGGCGCCUCGGCGCCGGCCGACGCCGUGUUCAGCGGCAGGUUCGCGACGGGCGAGGCGCCCCGCCCGACGACCUCCGCCUCCAAGGCGGACGAGGGCGACGGCGUCGGCGGCGAUGGCGGGACCGGCUUCGACCUGUUCGGGCCGGACCCCACCCCCAUGGAGGAUCUCUGA